CCGUGAGUGUGUGCGCGGCCGCGGCCGCUUCCCCGCCUCUGGGGCAAGACCCUAGACCACUCCCCGGGCGGCAGAGCGAGAGGUACCUGCCCGGUUGAAAGGGAGCAGCCCUCGAAGGCGCGGAGGCAAAAACAAGAGAUUUCAUUCAUUUCCUCUGAUAUCAUAUGGGAAAAGCUUAGGAUGUCUAAAGACAUUUGACCUUCCAUAGACACCAGUCGUAUAGAGUGGAUGAGGGUGACCUGGUUGACUUAGCCUGGACCACGUGCUCUACCAGCUUCCUCAGAGGCCGACGGAUCCUGAAGCUGAUAUCCAGAGUGGCUGGGAAGGAAAAAGGAGGAGGCUGGGCUGCCUGCGUCAUACGUAUCCACAGCAGUCCUCUUGACACUGGAAGAAGGUGUUAAAAACUUUAAGCAACCAUCACAGUAAUGGAUCUGUGUCAGAAAAACGAGACUGAGUUAGAAAAUAGUGAAAAUAAUGAAAUCCAAAGUACAGAAGAAACAGAAUUAACCUAUACUUGUCCAGAUGAAAGAAGUGAAAAGAAUCAUGUUUUUUGUCUUCUCAAUAUCAGUGACAUUACACGUGAACAAGAUGAAGAAGCCCAUGAGUUUGCCAUCAGAACCGGGUGGGACGAGGCGGUCCGAGGCUGGGGACGGACUUCCCCCACUGCCUGCAUCUGGCCUACGAAGAAGUUUAAGAAGACGUGGGUGGGAGAAAGUGCCAGCCGCUGCUUACUCUGCUUCAGUCUCUCCCAAAGGAGCCCCCAGGCCAGGCCUCAGUUGGAGGCAGGGAAGUUGGAAUUGGGGGCUUUGGCUGAGGUGGGCCCAGAGAAGGAGCAAGAUGGCCCUUCCCAGGCUCAGGCCAUCCGCCAAGGCCCUCUCACCACCUCCAGGGAGAUCAGCAAGAUCUGCUUUCCCACCUCCAGUCAGGUAGAGAAAAAAAGUCUGCAAAUAAAGGAGUUUAUUUGGUGCACGGAAGACUGGGCCACUCCUGAGACUGACAGGGGCAAGGACCCCAGCACAGGUGCUGACAGAGGUCCCUCCAUUUCGGACUCCUGGAUUUCAAAGGCCCUUUUAAAUCUACCUCCCCUGAAGCCUUCACCCCAAAAUACCUUGGAUAUUCUGGGUAAGAAGAGUAAGAACAUUUUCUUGCAGCCAGAAGAGAAGGUGCUGAGUAUGGAAAAGGGUGGGAGUGUGGCUUGUGCCAAUGGGUUGAAAACAGUUGAGGGGAAAGAUGAAAAGAGACUGGUUGGGCUGGCCAAGCCCCUGAAGAUCCACGCCGUGCCGCCUUUCCCCACGAAGACACUGGCGGCUGAUCCACAGUUGUGCUGCCUGCCCUGGGCGCCCCUGCCGGGGAGAAACCUAGGGGGCCGUCCCAGCCACAGCAACGUUCGCUACCUUGCCGCCCUGCAGCUUUUGCAGAAACGGGAAGUGCAAAGCUACAGAGCCAAAUUCAAAGAUAGGCUGCCAAGACCUCCCAUGAACAUCCGAAAGCGUGAGGCCAAGCAGGAAAACGGGCCCCACACAUUGGAUACCAAAGUGUUCCCAAAGCCUCUCCUGCCGCCCCUCACAGUGAGCAGAGUUAUCCCCGGCCCCAGGCACAGACUCCUCUGAGUUGCUGCAGUGUGAUUCCCUGGGAAUAAGCACUGUUUGAAAUUCAUUCAUCCUCUCCCCUCUCUCUCUCUUGCUCCCACCGCAUCCUGUCCUCUCCCCUCUCCUCCCCUCCCCUCCCUCCCAUCCCCUCUUCCUUCCCUCCCUCUCUCUGUCCCUUUUUGGUAGUACAAAGACAGGAAAUCAUAUCAUUGUAUGGGCUUUGAUUUAUUCUCAAAACCCCCAUAGUUAUUUGUACCUGGUUCUGUUACUUUGCCAUUUACAAAAUACAGACUGGUAGUGCCAGUCUUAGCGUGGCACUCUCCACUCCCACUAAGCCAACUAAUGGUGGGGAAUCCGAAGGGCCCCCCUGGGUGAGCUCCCCUGGCCCCCUCUCCCCUGUCCCAGGUCAGCCUUGAGCCUACGUGCGUGGGCUCUUUCUGCCCCACUCUAGUGCCUUAAGCUAAGUGAACUGGGCUUAUUUAGACCACAUUAUUUCCUUUUAAACCAGGCAGAUACCUACCUGUUGUCUCAUUUCUCUUGUAACAAAAAUCUGAUUGCAACAGAGAUUGCUUUAAUAGAAAACUCAUUGUGUCCAAAUGAGUAUCCUUAUGUCCAAGGUGACCUACACUUAUACGCCUGGCUGUACCAUACCCAUUGUAUCCUGUGUCCAAGGAGACAUAUCCUUAUAUCCAUAGAUAUACCAUACCCAUUGUAUCUUAUGUGUCCAAGAUUUCAUAUACUUAACAUUGUAGUCUCAUGCUAGUUUCUGUGUUGGGGAAGUUCAGCCACAGCUCUACAAAAUCCAUCCUGAGCAAAGCAGGUUAGGAAUAAUUAUUUGAAAAAAAAACCCCACUGAUUAUUGUCACCACACAUGCUUCCUCCAGCCUUACCUUGCAUCUAAUAUUUGGAAAUUCUGCACUCCAGACAGACACAUAUGGGAUGGGGUGGUUCUUUCUCUCUUUUCCUAUUCCCCUUCUCCCUCAAUUUUCUCCCAUGCAUAUUUCCUUAAGUUGUAUAUAAAUUAAACAUUUGUAAAUGAGUUAUAUCUUAAUGCCAAGUGACAAUGCUAUGUAGAGAAAUGCUCCAAAAAAUUUUGUAGUAUGAGCAGCCAGUUAGCUACUCUAUAAUUGCAGUUUGCAUUUGUUUAAGGUAGGUGGGCUGCACUUGAACUCUGGGUUUUCCAUUCCCUAAAUGAUGGGCAGAUGGAAUAUAUGACUGCAUGUGUAAACAUCUGCUUUCCACAAUUGGUCUUUGUAAUGUCUGUUAAUUUCAGUUUUUUGUUUUGUAGGUUUCUUUUUAUGAAACACCAAAAACACAGGAAUGAUUAUAGUACAGCUGUCAUUAAAAGGUAUAUUUCACCUACUGAGGUUGGACCCUUCUUUACAGUCUAGAAGCAAUAUUUAGGCCCCUUCUUCUCUGAAUGAAGAAACCAUCUUAAUUCCAUCUCCAAGAAGAGGCCCUCAUUUCCCAUUGUGUCUAGACAGUGGGGGUGUUGGACCCAGUACUGUUUGAGGACCCUUCCGCUCUGGCAGUCUGCCUAUAAAUCUGGUUUUCCAAGCUUGCUCUCUAAACAGCAGAAUAAUGAAAAGCUCAAUACGUAAAGCAGUCAGUAGUGAUUGGGAGUGAAGGGUAUGUAGCAGUGAUGUGUACAGGGCCUACCUACUCAGCCCAGAGGUACUUUCCUUUCCAGGUCUUGAGGCAAUUUGAGAAC